CCGGUGUGUACGACUUUCCCAAGAGGAAAUGAAGAGAAAGAAGCUCUGCCUGGAGAGAGAGAGAGAGAGAGCGAGAGGAAGAGAGAGAAAGAGGGAGGCAGCGAGAGAAUCACACACUAUAUUCCAAACAUAGAGCCUACGCUGCAUCUGAGAAGGAUACUUCUGCAAGAGACGCUCAUGGAGUGAGUGAGAGAGAGAGAAAGAGUGUGAGAGAGAGAGAGAGAAUGAGAGAGCAAGCGUAGGUUUUUCUCUGUCGCUGCCGGCACUCUCACUCCGACGCUCACAGAGACACAUGCGCACACACACACACUCUUUCUCCCACACUGGAGAGCGGCUGCUGCUAUGUGUGUGUGCGUGUGUGCUAGCUUCUGUUUCUUUUUGUGUGCACGCUGGGGAUUGUUCUCUCUGUCCUGGAGAGACGACUGACUGACUUACCCCCACCUCCCUCCUCUUUCUCACACACUCUCUUUCACACACACACACACACACACACACACACACACGCGCGCGGACACAUACACACACGCGGACACACAGUCUGCUGAAGCUUCCUGUGUGUUUGUGUCCGUGGGAUUGCCACGGAGAAGUGGUCCUGGGAAACCAGACCAGAGGAGUUAGAGGAAGAGAAAAGAAGAGGGGGAGGAAGAGAAGAGAAGGAGGAAGAGAAGAGAAGGAGGAAGAGAAGAGGGGGAGAGAGGAGGAGAGAGAGGAGGAGAGGAGAGGAGGAAGAGCCUGCCGCGCCAGCGGAGCAACACUCUGGAGAUGCACAGCAGGAGCAGUAGUGGUCCUGACUGACUGACUGACUGACUGGCUGAGGUGCCCGUGUGUGUGCCCGAUCCGGUGCCCGUGGUGCCCCUGGUUCAUCCUCCUCCUGCGUUGGCAUUGGGUGCAGCUGAGGUCCGGCGCUGGCUCAGGCUUCGGGGCUGUGGGCUCGCCCAGCAGGAUGGCCACCAUGCCCUUCGUCAGCGAGGGCAAGUGUGUGAGCGUGGAAUGGGACUUCCUGCAGGGGCUACUGGCCAAGCCCCCCACGCUGCCCUGCCUGCAGAACCUGCGGAAGGAGAAGUCUCGUAACGCGGCUCGUUCCCGCCGGGGGAAGGAGAACUUCGAGUUUUUCGAGCUGGCCAAGAUGCUCCCGCUGCCGGGUGCCAUCACCAGUCAGCUGGACAAGGCCUCGGUCAUCCGGCUGACCAUCAGCUACCUGCACAUGCGGCACUUCGCCAGCCAGGGAGACCCACCCUGGAACCCCCUGCUGGAGGGGGAGAGUAACUGCGCCAAAGGUGAACACUUACUCCAUUCAGGUCAAGUCAAAUAG